AUGCAGCGCCGAUGCUCUGAUUUUUCAAAUUGGGUGGAGAAUAGAUGGAUUGAUUUGGGGUGUUUGGGAACAGAACAUUCUUGGGCAAGAGGAAAUUCCCCUAAUACUUACAAAUCUGCCAAGCUUGAUAGAGGUUUUGCAAAUGAAGAAUGGCGUUUGAAGUUUGAUGAAGGAGUUGUUCGAAAUUUGCCUCGAGUUAAAUCGAACCAUUGCCUGAUAUUGAUUAGCACUAAUGGUUUCGCCCAUAUCCUGACAGCUUGUAAGCCCUUUCGUUUCCAGGCAAUGUGGAUUAAUCAUGCUAAUUUUGAUGAUUUUGUGCAUAAAAACUGGAAUAAUGCGCAACCUCUAAUCUCGUUUUUAAAGGAGUUUGCGGAAACUAUGUUUAGAUGGAAUAGAGAGAUAUUUUAUAAUAUCUUUCGCAAAAAAUCUGAAUUAUGA